AUGUGGCUUUCUCGUCAUUGUUUUUUAUCCUCUUUCAAGCCUUAUCGUUAUCGAUCAAUGAGUACUCUCCGAGUUAUUUCGACUCAAGAAGCGCCUGCUGCGAUUGGUCCAUAUUCUCAAGCCAUAGUUGCAAAUGGGUUUGUGUUCGCAUCCGGUCAAAUCCCCAUUGUACCUAAAACAGGCCAAAUUGUCAGCGAUGAUGUUAAAGAACAGACGCGACAAGUGAUCCAAAAUCUUUCAAAUGUAUUGAAAGAAGCUAAUUCUUCGCUUUCUCAAGUUGUUAAAACUACCGUAUUUAUUAAAGACAUGAAUGAUUUUGGUCCUAUUAACGAAGUUUAUGCUGAAUGCUUUGGGACUCAUAAACCGGCUCGUGCAACUGUAGAAGUUGCUAGAUUACCAAAAGACGUCAAAGUUGAAAUUGAUGGUAUUGCUGUUUUAUUCGCUCAGGAAAUGGAAUUCUUUAGCAGAGGAUAUAAAGGACUAUUAGGAGAAAAAGGGCAACCUCAGUCCGUUGAGAUUACAAUUUCGAAAUUAUGUGAUCGUGCAAACAAUUCUACUUUACUAGAAGACAGACGUGCUGCAAUUUUGGGUUUAAAAGGUCUUUCUCGAGAAUAUCGACUUGAAGUGGGUGAAAAAGGCCUCGGCGCUCUUUUACAUGUCUUAAACGAGGAUCGAGCAGAUAUAGACACGACAAAGGCGAUUCUCGAAGAUCCUGUUGCUGAUCUGGGUGUUAAAUUCACUGAUGAAAUUGUACAUGAUUCUGCUAAUAUAAAUUUACUCUUGGAUGUUUUGCAAGAAUAUGAUUUUUAUGUUCGCUUUCACAAUAUUCAGUUAUUGGGAACUUUAUUGUCUAUUAGACCAGAUCGUGUGCAAGACUGCAUAUUAACUGCACCAAUGGGUAUUUCACGCUUGAUGGAUUUAUUAGAUGAUCGAAGAGAAAUUAUUAGAAAUGAAAGUUUGCUUUUACUCAUUGCCCUUACUGAAAAUAAUGCCGAUAUUCAAAAAAUUGUCGCAUUCGAGAACGCAUUUGAGAGACUUUUAGAAAUCAUUGCAGAAGAAGAUGGCUUAAGUGGCGGAAUUAUUGUUCAAGAUUGCAUGCAAUUAAUACACAACUUGUUAAGGUAUAAUGUUUCAAAUCAGAAUUUUUUCCGUGAAACAAGUUGCAUACAACGUAUACCUUCAUUGUUAGGCUGCUCCCAAGACUAUAAACUCAAAAAUUAUGAAGUUGAGUUUUUGGUUCAAGAAUGGCAGGAACAAAAAGUUACCAAUACUAUUGUUCUAUUAGAAUUGAUUCGAAUAUUAGUAGUACCUAAUAAUAUUAAUACACUAACUAAUCAGAAUGUUAUGGCUCAAUGUGGGGUAUUGAAAACGGUAGUUGAAAUGGCUUUAUCUUCGAAUGCUCCUUCGUCAGUAAAAACCCAUUCUCUAUACGCUUUGGCAGAUCUUAUACGUGGAAAUAGUCCCAGUCAAGAAUUUUUGGCACGGACAGUUGUUUCAGUUCCCUAUUCACCUCAACGUUCGAAUUCCACAGAGGAUACAACGCCUGACUCACAUUCAAAAAGUAAUCGACCUUCACAUGAGCAAAUUUCAACUCUUCCCCCACGUCCUACAGUCAUGGCAAUUAUUGCCGUUGCUGUUGGGGCUGAACAUAUAGAAAGUUAUACCACUCGAGCUGCAGCUACAUAUGCUUUUGAGUGUUACACAUAUAAUAAUCCUAAUGCACAAGUUGCAUUGGCAUCUACACUGACUCCUCCCCCUGAUGAUAAUCCUAAUUCAAAUAUGAAUACAGCUAAACCUCAAUCAGCUGGUUCAUUAUUACUCUCAGCUCUUUUGGAAUGGGAAGACUCGGAGGCAGAUCCAUAUGUAGUGUGGUUCUCAUCCGUUAUUUUUUCACAUAUUCUUAUGAAUAACGAAAAGCCUAAAGAAUUAGCUCGUGGAAUUAUGAUUGGAGAAGAUAAUGUAGAUGGUCAUAUUCCUUUGUUGCACUCUAUUGUAGGAAAUUUAAUAUUGGCAACAAGGCAAAAUGCGGACGUAAGGGUCCUGAUCGGAUACCUAUGCGUUCUUUGCAUUUGGUUGUGGGAUAGCCCACAGAGUGUCAAAGAGUUUCUAUCGAAAGAUGCUCAUUUACAAAUUCUAAUUGGGCCUAUAACCCAAUCUUCUGGUGUGGAUUCAAGAGUACAAGGCUUAUGUGCAUUUUUGCUAGGUACUUGCUAUGAGUUUAACCAUUCACUAGAUUCACCAGUUACAAGAACAACACUUCAACCAAUCUUGCUCAAUCGUAUUGGAGCUGAUCAAUUUGUGAAUCGUAUUACACGGCUAAGAGAAUCACCUCAUUUUAAACAUGUUCCUCAAUAUAUACAGGUUUCUCCAGAAGAAGAAGCUAGAGGGUUACCAGAAUUAUAUUUUGAAUAUGCAUUUGUCGAAUUCUUCAAAAAUAACUAUGAAAAAAUUCAAAGAUCUAUUAUAACUGAUCCUAAAUUAACGUCUGGAGGAAGUGAUUUUCAAGGCGAUCAUGAUUCUUCAAUGAUUUCAUCUUUUAAAUCUGUUAUACAGACUCAAGAGCAAGAAAUUAUUGAGUUAAAAGAAACAAUAAGACAACUUGCAGAACAGUUGGAAAAUCAGAAAUCAUCAUCAGAACAACAAGUAUCUUUAUUGCAAGAAGAAAUACAAUCGCUGCAACAAACUAUAGAAACCCAAAAAUCUGGACGCGCAAAAUUAGAAAAAGAACAAGAAGAUUUGUUUGUCUGUCUUGCAGAUCAAGAUGCAAAUAUCAGAAAGUAUAGAGAGAGAUUGAUUGAACUUGGUGCUGAA